AUGGAGGGGGUUUUGCGUAGGGAGAGACACGACUCGUCGCGGAGGGAACGGACAGGAAACGCCCGACUUUGCUUUUUUCUGCUUCUGGUUUCUUUUCUCUUCUCGAGUAUCGAAAAGUCUCCACGUCGGAGGAUCCUCACGCUUGCAAGCUCGCCAGUGCCUUCAACCAAACUCGGCACCACCACGCUUUCGUUACCAUUGUCCAUCGCGAUCGCUUUCCUACAGCGUGAGGUAGUUUCCAUACCUUACGGCACUCACUUCCUUCGGCUCUUCCCAAAGCCCAGUGCAAUAUGCCAUGUACCACUCUCACCUAAUCUCCAAGCCUCAAAAGACGCCCUGCCCCACGCUUCCACUAAACUAAAAAAGACACGCUUUCCUGGCCCUUACAGGGGAAGGUCUUUCGAUGUCCAAUCAGCUCCCCCCAAUUGA